AUGAAUCCAAGUGCUGAUUCUACUUCUUCGAACUCUUCUCUGCCCAAACCGGUCAAAAAUUCUAGCAAUACGACGUCAGAUGAGUCCAUCCCGCCUGUAAGAACUUUACCCAAGCAGGGAAAGCAGAUCGAAGCCCAUCCAAAUGCAGACAACCAGGACAAGUUAUGGACAGAGAUAGACGUUCUAGACGAUGUGAGACGCAUGUCUAAAGAAGAUGACCUAUAUGAGGGCUUCCCACCUGCCUUUGAGAAGCAGUUAAAGCAGUUGCGCAUAGCACACGUGACCCUCUUACAAACGAUGAAAAGACGCCGCAAUAAGCAGAAAGAUAUCCAAGAAGCCCUCGAUAGUAACGAAGACGAGCGGAAACUUGUGGACGAUGUAAUGCACUGUCUUAAUGGCUUAAGAGACUGA